AUGAAGACCAUCGCAUCCCUCGCCUCCUUUGUCGCUCUGGCCACCGCGGUCUCUGCUGACCGUACCUUCACCGUCAACAACAAGUGCUCUUACACUGUCUGGCCCGGUCUCUUCACGGACCUGAACGCCGGCACUGCCGUUCCCUCGCAGGCAACUGGUUGGGAGAUGGCCGCUGGCGCGACCACUUCCUUCAGCGUCCCCGACAACUGGACCGCCGGCCGCAUCUGGCCGCGUACUGAGUGCGACUUCUCGACGAACCCGGGCCCGACGAGCUGCGCGACCGGUGGCUGCAACGGUGGCCUCGAGUGCGACACUGCAUCCGGAACGGGCGUGCCGCCUGCUACCGUCGCUGAGUUUACGCUCGUGCCCAGCGGUGAUGACAACUACGAUGUCUCCCUCGUUGAUGGCUUCAACAUUCCCGUUGAGGUCACUGUCACCGCCGGCUGCCCUACCGCCAGCUGCCCGGUCGACUUGAACCCCAACUGCCCGUCCAACCUCCAGGUUAAGGAUGCCGGAGGCUCCAUCGUCGGCUGCAAGUCCGACUGCUUAGCCGACUCGAACCCGAGCAACUCCCCCGCGUGCUGCUCGGGCGACUACUCGACGCCCGACAAGUGCCCCAACACCGGUGUUCCGGACUACGACUACUUCAAGUCGUCCUGCCCCGACUCGUACGUCUACGCGUACGACGAGUCCUCCGGCACCGCGCUCUGGACCUGCCCCGGCUCCAACGCGGCCGACUACACCGUCACCUUCUGCCCUUGA